UGCCACACUAUAAAAGGCCAUGGCUUCUUCUCUCCUCAUCAGCCAUAGCCAAGCCAACAAACAAGAUCUACUAGUGCUCUGCUACUACACUACAAGCUGCCAUAAGCAAACAAGAGACAAGAAAGAGGAUCAUGUACCACUAUAACAAUGGCGAUGUUGCCAGCUUCCACUUCCUCCCGCCCCCAAGCCCUUCCUCCUCCUUCGCCACUCACCACCACAUGAACAUGACCUUGCCCCCUCAAGCCUACUUCCCGCCCUCCUUCGAUCCUGCCGCUCUACUUGCCGACGACGACGACGUGGCAGCAGCCUUUCAGUUUGACGCUAUCCUAGUCGAAGAAGCCGCUCACCUCGCCGGCGGCAGUGGCUCGCCCAGCUCGGGCUCUGACGCCGGUGGCGGGAACUACUUCCAGGUAGGCGGUGCUGGCCCUGGAGUUGGCUCCGCGGAGGAGGAGCGGAGGCGGCGCCGAAUGGUCUCGAACCGGGAGUCGGCGCGGCGAUCGCGCAUGCGCAAGCAGCGGCAGCUGAGCGAGCUGUGGGCGCAGGUGGCGCACCUCCGCGGAGCCAACCGCCGCCUCCUCGACGAGCUCAACUGCGCAUUGCGCGGGUGCGCCGACGCCUGCCGCGAGAGCGCCCAGCUCAGGGACGAGAAGGCCAAACUGAAUGAGAUGCUCGAGCAGCUGUUGCAGCAAUCGGCACCGGAGAAGAAGGCCGCCUCCUCCCCGGCCUCGAGCAAUCACAGUAGCUGCUCCUCGGAGCCAUGCAAGAACAGCACUGCUGCAGCUGCAUCUUCUACCGAAUGAAUGUGGUGUUACUCAUAUUAUCCACCCAAAUUUUUAGAGGAUAUAUAACUACUACUGUAUGAAUAAGAUUACAAGAGCAUGUGUAACUAGAACGAUAGAUAAUUAUUUAAUGGCGAUGGCUGGGGUCAUGCAUGCAUGCACCAUGCAAUCAAUUUCCCUAUCAGGAAUAUGUGUCGUGUAACAGAUUAUGUUACUUAUCCUGUGUUGAUAAAUUAACAUGGAUAGGAGGAUGGAGUAGUACUAUUUGCAAGUUGCAAGCUUGUGAUGAAUGAAACCUAUAGAACAGUAGCAAGACCAAAGUAUGAGAGCGAGAGA